GAAGACGAGCCGCGUGGUGCGGCACCCUGUGUUGUCCAUUGAUUUUUCAGCAUGGCUGCGAUCGGAGUUCAUUUCGGUCAUACAUGCGCCUGUGUGGCAAUAUACAAGGAUGGCCGGGCUGAUGUGGUGGCUAAUGAUGCAGGAGACAGGGUGACUCCAGCUGUGGUGGCGUACAGAGACACUGAACAGAUUGUAGGUAUUGCAGCAAAGCAAGGACGGGUUCGCAAUGCUGCCAACACAGUUGUCAAAGUGAAACAAGUGCUGGGAAGAAGCUUUGGUGAUCCAGAGACACAAACUCACAAAACAGAGACCAAGUGUCAGGUGGUAAACAGAGGAGAGAAGAUCUAUUAUGAGAUUACAGCAGGAGAACAACCAGAAUAUGUUGCUCCAGAGGAUGUUGCAAAACUCAUCUUCAACAAAAUGAAAGAAACUGCUCAGUCUGCUCUGGGAUCUGAUGUCACUGAUGCUGUCAUCACCGUCCCUUUUGAGUUUGCAAAUGCUCAGAAGCGUGCUCUGAGGGCAGCAGCUGAAGCUGCAGGGUUCCAUGUCCUGAGGCUGAUCCAUGAGCCUGCUGCUGCUCUAUUGGCCUAUAACAUUGGACAGGACUGUUCUUCUGGAAAGAGCCAUGUCCUGGUGUAUAAACUGGGUGGGACAUCUCUGAGUGUGACAGUGCUGCAGGUCAAUGGAGGAAUGUUCCGGGUUCUCAACACCCACACUGACCACAGCUUUGGAGGAGAGAGCUUCACACAGGCCUUGGCCCAGCACCUUGCUGCUGAGUUCAAACGCACUUUUAAACAUGAUGUAAGCUGUAAUGCUCGGGCAAUGCUGAAGCUGAUGAACGGUGCAGACAUGGCCAAGCACUCCCUGUCCUCAUUGGGAUCAGCCAACUGCUUUGUUGAUUCCCUGCAUGACGGCAUUGACUUCGAAUGCAAUGUCUCAAGAGCUCGAUUUGAGCUGCUCUGCUCCUCACUCUUCAACAAGAACAUUCAGCCAAUCAGACUGUUGCUGGACAAGGCAGGACUCUCCACCAGUGACAUUAACAAGGUGGUCCUUUGUGGAGGUUCAGCCAGGAUCCCUCGUCUGCAGCAGAUGGUCCGUGAAAUGUUUCCUGAUGUGGAACUUCUCAGCUCAGCACCUCCUGAUGAGGUCAUUGCUGUGGGAGCAGCCCUUGAGGCUGGCUUAUUGGUUGGCAGAGAUGGCAUUGCACCUGAGGAAGAGGCAGUCACAGUGGAUGUUUCUGCCUCUGACAUACUAGUGAAGGAGGUUGAUGAAUCUGGAGCUGAGGUGUUCACUGUUGUCCUCCCAUCUGGAACGCCCCUCCCUGCUCGCAGACAUCACAUUUUAAAUGGAUUAGGGAAAUUAUCUUCCCUCUGUCUGGAGAUUUACCAGAGAUUUGUUUCUGCGCAGCCAGAAAAGCUAGCAAAGAUUAUCUUGCGAGACCUGCAGCCCAAAGAGGAGAAUCAUGACAUUGACACCGUGGUGACCAUGAAAAGGGAUGGCACGGUCCAUGUUUCCUGUGUAGAUCAGAGCACCGGAACGUCACAGGUCAUCACCAUAGCAGCUACAUCAUGAAACCACUGAUCUGAAGUUCAAAUCACACACCAGCACACAUUCGGUUUUUAUGUUGGUUUUUAUACUUUUCACUCAAUAAACAUCAUCAAAUGUAAUAGAUAUGUGCUCAGCCUCACUGCAUAUAUUCUGUAAAAAACUGGAUUAAAGGAGAAUACUUUGAUAACUAUUUUAAGAACCAAUUUAUGAACCUCUAAAAACUGAGUCCUCUAAUUUGCCAGCAGUUUUAAUGCUGCUCCGAAUCACACAGGAUUAUUAAAUUGUCUGUAUUUUAGCAUUUACACAGAAGUUCAGUCAAAUUGUUGUUUAGCAGAAACACAUUAAAGGCUUUCAUGUUGACCUUGUAAUGAAUAGAUAUUGAUUUGUCAUCUUGUAAAUUGGAUCUGGAGGAGUAUGACUGUUGAAAAAAGAAGAAGAAUUUUGAGGCUUUGCUAAUUUUCUAUUGGACUGUCAAUGGAGCUGCGUGUUAGGUAGUAGAAAUAUACACAUGGGGCGCGCAGGUGGUCGAGUGGUUAGAGCGCAUACCAUAUACGCAGUCGACCCCGGUUCGAAUCCCGAUCGGAGGUCCUUUGCUGCAUGUCACACCCCCCUCUCUCUCCCAUGUUUCCUGUCUAUCUACAGAUAAAUAAAGGCGUCUAUGCCAAAAAAACCUUUAAAAGAAAUAUACACAUAUGGACACAUGCCCCAAGUAUUUCAAGUAAAAUGUACCAUUUAAAUAAAUGCAGAUUUCUACACAUUA